CAGAAUAUUGUUGCGGCUGGUUUCGCGCCCAAGGGCCCUAGCCCCCCCCCGCCCGCCAGCAGCGAUGGGCUGCGAACAGGCGUGUCAAUAAGCGAUCCCAAAGGAAACUUAAGCAGAAGCAAACUAAACUUGAUUACACUCGCGUUUACUGAAGCAAGAAGCCAACGGCAACGAAGGAAGCGUGUUUUUACCGCUCCGCUCGACUGAUGUCCGGUGAUAUUUGAAAUCUCUUUGGCAUGAUGACUCAAGUGGCCAGCUUUAGUCUGCAAUCCAUGCUGCUCGCUCUGGUUGCACUGUUGCUGUUUGGUGCUGCCCACGCGGAGCAGAGCCUUUCAUGCAGUGCUUGGGCAAGGCUAAGUAGAUUACUGCAAGCGGCCAGUGGUCCUAUCUCCGGCUACGUUCCCGCUGAGGUCGAUGCGCAGUCUCCAGCUUCAACGCGCAGCUCUGCCUACAAAGGAGGUGCCGUGGGGCCAGACUCAGAGCCUUUGUGCUCGGAUUUCUUCAUCGACUUCACGCUGCCCAUCAUAGCGAGCGGCCUAGCCGGAGUGUACGGCAGCCGUAUCGUGGGCUCCAUGACCGUCACGCCGGGGCCUGUACGGCAGGACGGCAUGUCGCAUGUGCGCAUCCGGGUGGACCUGCUGGAGGGGGCGCACGUGUUCAUCGCGCCGCCCAGCAGCCCCACCAGCCACAACCUGCGUAUCGCCAUCACACGCCGCCUGCCGGAGGACUGUGCCUCCACCGAGUUCUACCACGCUGGUGUGCACGUGGACCCGGCCGUGUACGGCAGCGGCGUGGGCGUGCACGUGCCGCUGCCGGCCGCCGUGUACAGCUGUACGGCGGAGACCACCGACCCCUUCCUGCGCGCCGUGUUCAUCCGGGUGGACGUUGACCUGUCCGACCAGCUGGGCGGCGGCACACAGACCACCGUCAGUGUGGGCGACCCGCAGGACCUGCUGGUGCCGGGCUGCCCAUACAACAUCGUUUACGGAGCCUGCAACCCGGCGGCCUGCAAUGCCACCUCUGCCGCCUCAGCCUCAUCCGGCACAGCGGACGGGCCAGUGGUCAUUGACGCUGGUUCCAACUCCGAGGACCACGCGCAACACUCUGGCAGCACCGGCAUCAGCAGCGGCACCAGCAGUGGCAGCGCAGACUCGGGCGCAUCGUCAGCGGCGGCCGCCAGCUCCAGCAGCAGCACCGGCACCAGCACCAGUAGCAGCACCAUCAACACCGGCGGUGAUCUGGUCGCGUCCGAGCUGCCGGCCGCCACCGGGCCCGACCCACCCGGUACGCCUGCAGCCAACGCUGCCCGCAGUGCCGACAGCAGCAGCGGCGGCGGCGGCGGCGCCAACAUCAUUGCCGUCGUGGCGGGCGCGGUUGGCGGCGCUGCAGUGGUAGCCGUAGCCAUCGCUGGUUUCAUGUACAUCCGCGCGCGCCGCCGCCGCCGUGGCCCACGUGACAGCACCAACGGCGCCCUAGCGCAGACGCUCAUGUGGCCUGGCGGAGGCCCCACAUCGCCAGCCGGUGGUGUCGGCACCAGCUCCGGCGUUGCCCGCUUCACCGCGAACGGCGGCUCCAGCAGCGGCGGCACUGCCAGCGGCGGCAUAGCGACGCACGUCAGUGUGGGUGGCGGCGCCAUUGCCGCGGGCGCCGCCGCCGUGCCGCUGCCGAUUGCAAUGGCCGUGCCUCAGACGCCCACAAGCCGCGUGGCUGGCGCCGAGCUGGUAGACUCCGACGCCGAUGCCGACGGCGCAGGCCCCUCCUCCCUGGCCGCCGCCCUCAACACCGCCGCCGCCGGCCUCUUCGCCGCUGCCAUGGAGCGUCGCCUCACCACCACGCAUUCUGGCCGCCGCCGCCUCGGCGGCGCCUCCGCAGCCGGCGCCGCCGCAGGGCACUCCUUCAUCGCCUACCCCGGCCUGCCCACCUGCCGCACCACGGCCGUCGCCGCCUCUCCGUCACCGAUGCCCUCGCCGGGCGGCGCCAUUGAGAUGUCGGCCUCCUCGCACUCCACCUCCAAGGACUCGCGCCGCUACCUCGACCGCAGCGAGGACAGCGCCCCCAACUCGCCCGUGCCCCAGCGCGUGGCGGCCGCCUUCGAAGCCAGUCAUGCAGGCGCUGGCAUUGGCGGCACCGGAGGCGGUGCCGUCGGCCGCGGCGUCAGCCGCGGCACUACCAGUCACGGCCAGGACCUGUCCUCGCUGGUAGUCGGGGCGGUGCAGCCCCCCACGAGCUUCGAUCGACGACGUGCCAGUGCUCGACGCAGCGCCGGCGGCGGCGUGUCAUCCACAGAGGCCUCGCUGCAGCCGCCGCAGCUGCUGCCUCAGGCACACCAGUCGCCGCCGCCACAGCUGCAGCAGCAGCCCGCGCGUGUGCUGCCGGUCGUGGUGCGGGCGCUGCCCGCGGCGCUGGCGGCGGCGCCUGCGCCUGCUCGUGGCCUGUCUUGGAAGCGCAGGUCGGGCCGUUUCGGCUCGGCUAUGUCAGGCCUCAUGGGUGGCGGCAGCGGCCCUGUGCCGCCGCACACAAACUUGUCGGGCACGGCGCUAACGACGACUCCCUACGCUGCCGCUACCAGCGGCGGCGCCUCGCAUUUGGCCACGCCAUGCGCCACCGACAAUGGCGGCGUGGACCUUUUUGCAAUGCCUCCGCCGCCGGAGCUGGCGGUUAUCCAAGAUGACUCCCAAGAUGCGGCUUCGUUCAUCAGCACGACCAGCUUCAGCGCCGCGCCCUCGCUCUUCGGCUGCCUGCCAGCGCCGGCACCCGCCGCCGGCGCCCGGCCGCUGCUGCUCUCGGCGCGCACUGCUGGGACGGGCGCCUCGGAUGCGCCCGCUGCCGCGGCCGCCGCUGCGCUGCAGACGAGCGCUGCAGGUCCGGAAGCUCCAGAGGUGAGCGUAUUGGUGGACAUGUCAGCAGACGAUGAUGGCACCGAGCUUGUUGUCAACCGGCCAGCCCAAAUAAGCUUCGGCAGCCGCAUGCGCCGGCUGCUGCAGUAGAUUGGAUCGCACUGACGGCGAGCUGAUGUUGUCAGCUUUUAUCAUGAAGUACUCAUGCAGGUUUCAUGCAAUGGAUGGCAGGAUGAGAGUUGGCCUUGAAGAUGGUGCAAGCCGCAGUGCAUGGAGCGGCCAGGAGAGAGGCCAGGCAUGGGCGUGAAUACGAUUAUUGUGAACCCUUAUUAACUAUGCAUGGUUUGUCUAUAAAGCAUUCUCGAUAAUAUGGCAUGCAGCAGCUACCGUUGAACGCGUUCCAGAUAGUGGUACGCAGCUCCUUGGCCGGUGGCUUACUUGCACGCCGAUGCAGGCGUUUGUCCGUCCCACGUUGGCGGUUAGCUCUUUAGAUCCGUGUUGUGAGGCGCGUGCUGCAUUGCAUGCCAUGCAUAUCUGCCAUCAGUGGCAUCCUCCAUCCCAUCAGUGGUGUGUGCUUGGAAGUUCCAGACUAGCUUGUAGCACACGCUUGUAGAACUAGACGCCCUGAUGAACAAGGCCUAGCUUAGUGGCCACGCUGGACGGCACUCAUGGACAAUGUGUAGCCGCUGCACAUGCAGCACAUGCAGCACCGACCACCGUGGUGGCUUCUGCCGAUCUGCUGUGUAGUACCGUAUGUCAGUUUCAGUGCCGUAAUGUGGGUGAACUUGAGCCGCGACAGUUCAUUCGUGAAUAGUACUUGCAUUCUCUCCUGCUGGUUUCAUUCUGUAUGCAACACACCGCCGUUGCGUUGCGAUGUCCUUCAUUGAGCUUAAACCUUUUUGUGCAUGGCUCAGUUUCAGGAUGGUCUCUGCACAUGGUGUCAACUGUGUAGACGUUCGGGCGUCGUACGCACGCUUGGCAAGUGUGGGCACCUUGCAUUCGUUGUUCGCCACCACGCAGACGCAACAUGCGCUGCAACCAUUUGAACAUCCAGCACCUCUGGUACUCGAAGGCUCUCCACUGGGUGCACGCCAGUCAUGUUAUGAUGUAGAUAGUAGAGUAAACAGGUCUGCUUGCACUGCGCCGACACCCGCAUUCCCGGCCCGGUGAAAACGCACCACCUUGCCAUGAAAACACUCUCCAUUGGGUGCGCGCUAGCGGCAUGUGUGUAUAGGUACCAGUCGAGACGUUUGAGCCGUAGCUGCCACUGGCCAAUGUCGUACAGAGAUGCAGAUGGAUGGCCUGAAAUGGCGGUAUGAUGAGCGCGUGUCGCCAAACCUACCUAGAUGGGGACCCUUGGCUGGCCCUGCUGCCAACAACAACUGGGCCGUUUGCAUUUGUUGCCCCUAACUGGCUGACUGCCGUCCAUGUCUCGGUAGCAGUCUUGCCUGGUAUGGCUUGGCGUUGUUGUUGUCGUUGUGUUGUGGACGCUGUGGGAAGGAUGUUGUGGCAGCUGCAGCUGGGACGGUACGGCUGCACCUGUGUACGGUACGGCACGCA